AUGAGCGGAGAGCACACUGCAUUCUUCUACGGCACCUUGAUGGAGCCCAAGGUCUUCUUCACCGUGACCCAAGGCGAUGGCAAGCCUGCCCAAGCCAUCAAGGACCUCUACACCUUCACCCCCGCUGUCCUGCACGACUACACCCGCCACCGUGUCAACAAGGCCGACUACCCGGGCAUGAUCCCCGAGAAGGGCGGCUCUGUCCUGGGCAUCUUCGCGACGGGCCUCACCGACGUCAACGUCAUGAAGCUCGACUUCUUCGAGGGCGGCGAGUACGAGAAGAAGGUCGUCACCGUCAAGGUCCGCGGUGCGGACGGCAAGGAGGAGGACAAGCAGACCACGGCCUACAUCUACAAGCGCCCGGAGAACCUCGACCGGCGCGAGUGGUCUUUUGAGGAGUUCCGCAAGGACAAGAUGCACGUCUGGACCCGCGAGAGCUACGUCUUUGAAGGCUGCGACGACUACGCUGAGUUCGAGAAGGUUUAG